GUUAUUUCACACUUUUUUGUUAAGUACAUAAUUCCUCCUCUGAAGGAGCCACGGCAGAAAUGUUCAAGGCUGUGUGUGUUACCACAGAGGCAUCAGUACAAUACUAUGGUGAGCUCAGCUGGACCGUGAUCUCACCAUGUCUAUCCACUGUGAACUGCUAAUACUGAUUCUUACUCUGACUCUUGAUGUUCAAGUUCAUACAGGGGAAAUCAUUGGAGGUCAGGAGGCCGUGCCACAUAGCAGACCCUACAUGGUUCUUUUGGAGCGGUACAUGCAGGAUGGUAAAACAAAACACUGCGGUGGCUUCCUUCUGAAUGAGGAUUUUGUGAUGACUGCAGCCCACUGCCAAGCCAGUUCCUACACAGUCCUACUAGGAGUUCACAAUUUCUAUAACAGUGAUGGAAUCCAGCGUAUAUCUGUGGUACAAACAUUUCCACGUAAAGACUACAAUGAAACUGAUUUGAGCAAUGACAUAAUGCUUCUUAAGUUGAGCUCCAAGGCAAAAUUCAGCACAAAUGUGAGACCCAUUGCUCUCGCAGGCCAAGAUGAUGGCUCUCUGCCAAAAUCAUGUAUAAUCUCCGGCUGGGGAAAAACAAACAAGAAUAUACCUAAUAUGUCUGCUGUACUCAUGGAAGCCAAUGUAACACUGAUUGACAGUAAGCAGUGUCCUAAUACCAACGUGUACUGCUCUGAGGGAGAGACUGGACCUGGUAAGGGAGACUCCGGAGGUCCACUGGUCUGUGAAGAUAGAAAGGUGUACGGUGUGGUGUCCUCAUUUUACCUAAACAAAUAUGUUUAUGCUAAGAUUCCUGACUACAGAAGCUGGAUCGAUUUGAUUAUGAACCAACAUUGAAAGAUCCAAUUCAUCUAACGAUUGACCAAAUCACAACGUUUUAAAUGAAUGUUUGUAUAACAUUGGAGAGCUGAUAAUUGAGAUGCUAAUAUUACAACUUAUUCCACGUUACCAAAUAAUACAAAAUAACUUUCUGUUUGAGAAACUGAUUCAAAAAAGUGAAAAUAUAUGAAUGUGAUUUGGUUCAUUUAGGUCACAUGUUGGGCUUUUUUUCAUCAUACAGCUGUUUUUUUUCUGCUGCAGGGGGCUUUGAACUUGACAUUUUAUUUGAAUAAACCUUACAUUAAUCCAAGCUAAUUUGAUCCAAGCACAUGCACUUUAUUUUAACAAUCAUGACACACAUUAAUUAGGCUUAUAAUUGACUCAAUAUUGUUUAAUAAAUAAUAUAGUUAUUAGUAUUAAACUUUAGAGUGUCUAAAGUAUAAUAUCUUUAGACACUCUAUGUCAUCCUGCUCAUAAAUACAACAGUAUCUGCAUUAUCUACAUUACUGCUUUGUGUAUCUUCUUUUUGACUUGAUUAAAUGAGAACACAGGAUCCUUUAAGUUUGUUUUGUACCAUCUUUUUGAACAAUAAACUGUUGUUCUCUCA